AGACUUGUUAAAUAAAAUAUAGCGAGUUUAUUGUGUGCAGCAGAUGUGCUGUGUAUAUAAUAGACAAUAGUGCGACAUAGCUUUAUAAAUUCAAGAUCGUUCGGAGCUCUGCAUUGUGCUAUAGCUUUUUGUUAAACUGCUGACUCUCAUCUGUUGGACACUAUUCCCGUUUAACUCCUCGUCAAUCUUCUACAUUACAAUCAAGUAAUCAUGAACCCAUCUGACAGGUCCAGCUCCCGGUUCAGUAAGAGACAUCGUGAAACUUGCCCUAAAUGUGGGGCGGCUAUAACCAUUACUUGCUCGUCGGCCUUGGAGGCUCAUCAAGCGUCCCAAAGCUGCCAAAUAGUCAACUGUAACAUCUGUCAUAUGUCAUACCCUUUCCUAAAUCAUAUCGAACACGGAACAACUCAUGCGAGGGAAUCUCGCCACAUCGGUGCUGCUUGGGGAUCGACGGCUGAAGACUCAUUUGUAGUGCCAGAUUUUGUGAUCGAGGAGGAUUAUCGGGAGCUGUAUGUGCGUCAUGAGAAAUACAUAAAACCGUCUAGGUCGAUGAAGGCUCUGAGUGCGGUAUAUAAUUUUCAGUUGCAUCGUUUGUCGGUCGAGGAUAUCAAGGAGCAUUUGCUCUCUGUUUUCAGAGACCAAAAAACAGCAUUUAAAUUGAAAAUUUCACUUGCAUUCAUCUUGAAAAACAACGAGGAUCAGUCCUUGCAUUUUUAUUAUUCUUCACAGAACAACCAGCUCCUGUUCAGUGAUCCGCAUUUUGUGGGUAAUCUUAAUGACUUGAGUACACUGACCCACAAAAUUGAUGAAUUAGAUCUGGUUAACCAUGUUACAUAUCCCUGCUCAAAGUUCUCAUUUAUCCGCAUUACUAAUGUGACAUUUUUCCUAUCUAAAGUGUUACGCUGUCCUAUUGGAUCCGCCACAGAGUUUCCACCCUAUCUGAAAAAUACUCAAGGUUUGAUUAGCUUGGUAUCUAACAAAAGAGGAAAACCUUACACUGAUAACCUAUGUUUCUUUAGGUGUUUGGCUCUGUUCCAGGGAGCCAAGGUGACGGCAUUAGAAAAGAAAACAAAGGAGCUGUUUGAGCAGUACAUAAGAGACAUGCGUCUUGUAGUGUCAGAGUUUGAGGGUGUAUCACUCAAUGACUUGGAAGAUGCUUCUCGAAUUUUUGAAAUGGGGGUAUUUGUAUACGCUCAGAAUGAGUCUGGUGUCACAGAGCAUGUUUUCAGAUCCCUGAGAGAGGAUAACAUCAUGUACCUCAACCUGUACAAAAAACACUUUAGUUUCAUCAAGGACCUUUGCAAGUUCUCACGCAGUUUUCGAUGUACCCAUUGCAGUAAACUAUUUCCCUCUUCAUAUCGUCAGCGUAGACACACAGCUACCUGUGAUGCAGCCACACGUGACAUCUACACAGGGGGUUCAUUUGAACCCAAUCGAACCAUCUUUGAUCAGCUUGAAGAUUUUGACAUUGAGAUCCCCGCUGAAUUGCGAUAUUUUCCAUAUCGAAUGUGUUUCGAUAUUGAAUGUGCACUUGUUCGAGACACUGGUGUCGAAAAUUCAACAAGAGUAGAGUUUAGCGCUAAACAUCUCCUGGCGAGUAUCUCAGUGUGUUCAAAUGUCCCAGGGUACUUGCAACCCCAGUGUCUGAUAACUAAUGGCUGUGAAAGGGAGCUGGUAAAACGCUUUAUCGCUCUGGUCACUGAGAUAUCAGGCGAGUCUCAUCAGUUAAUGAAAGAGCGAUUUUCAGAUUAUUUGACGUCCGUGGACCAAACUGAUGACGAAAAAUUGGUGGAUCGUUUCGAAGAAUACUUGCAACAGUUACCCUUGCUCUCAUUUUGUGGGCAACGAUACGAUAUUCCUACAAUCAAGACACAACUGUUUUCGGUUCUUCUCGAGGCUGAAGACAUCAAGUACGUCAUUAAGAAGGGCUCAGCCUAUUCAGCGAUAUCAACCGAAAACUUUCUGUUCCUCGACGUCUCAAAUUAUUUGGCAGCUGGGACGUCCUAUGAUCAAUUCCUAAAGGCCUACGGCGCUAGCGUUCACAAAUCCUACUUCCCGUAUGAAUAUUUUGACAGCUUGGAAAAGCUGUCUUCCACCACAUUCCCUUCGUACGAGUCCUUCUUCUCGUCCUUAAAAGGAAGGAACACAUUGGAACCUACUCCUGGUGAGGUACUGAUAGAGGAAGAACAACAGGUAGCUAACCAGUACCCACGAUCGGAAGACAGCACCCUGCUGUCCCCAGAUCAGGUGGUGGGAGUUGGAAUCUACCGGUACGAAAAACUGAGACUCUUGUUUCAAGAGGAGGGGUGGACGUUCGCAGAUUUUCUGGCUUAUUACAACAACAGGGACGUAGAGCCAUUUUUACAAGCGAUAGAGAAUCAGACUCAGUACUACGAAGAGCGUGGGGUAGACAUUUUCAAGCAGGCAAUCUCAGUACCCGGUGUCUCCCUGCGUUUAGCGUUCAAAGAUGUGAAAGAAAGCUUUCACUUAUUCUCGAAACGGCACAGUGACCUGGUGAAGCUGUUUCUGUCUCAAAAUGUUGGUGGACCAGCUUUAAUCUUUGACCGUUUUCAAGAGGCUGGUGUGACCACAGUUGGACACGAUGCACAUAAUCCUGUCACAAGGAAAAUCCUGGGGCUUGAUGCCAACGCCCUUUAUUUAUGGUGUACAGCUCAAGAGAUGGCCUCCGGGCUAUACAUUCGAAGAAGGGCGGCUGACAACUUCCGCAAGGAAUAUCCUAGCCCGAUCUCUAUGGUGGCAACGGAAUGGUUGGCUGAUGUUGAGCAUCGGGAAAACAUCUCAAUACAACAUGUCAGAAACACAGGGGAGUACAGAAUCGGCGCCAGGAGACUCGCUGUCGAUGGUUACCACAGGGAGACGAACACAGUUUACCAGUUUCAAGGGUGCUAUUUCCAUGGCUGCCCUUCCUGCAAGAAAGAGAAUCGCGACGUCAAAGUCAGCGGCAGAACUUUGAAUGAAAAAUUCAAAAAGACGAAAGAGAUUAGUGAUUACAUCAGGAAGCUGGGUUAUACCCUGGUGGAAAUGUGGGAAUGCUCGUGGACUCAAUACAAGACUGGGCAUGAAAUUCACAACCGCUACGUCUAUACCACUGAACACCUGUUUAGAAUGACUAAAGACAGGAUACUCGAAGAAAUCUUGAACGGACACCUAUUUGGUGCGGUUCAAUGUGACUUGAGGGUUCCUGAUCACCUCAAGGCUCACUAUGCAGAAAUGCCUCCUAUCUUUAAAAAUACCACCGUGACGGCAGAUGAUAUCGGUGAACAUAUGACUGAAUUCCUCCGUUCAACGGGGAAAUCUUUCAAGCCGACUCGAUAUUUAAUCGGGUCAAUGUUUGCCGAGAAGAUUCUGAUAAUCACGCCGUUAUUGAUUUGGUACGUUCAGCAUGGGCUUGAGGUGACGGAUAUCCAUCAAGUCAUAGAAUUCGCACCCAGCAGGUGCUUCAAAUCCUUUGCUGACAACGUAUCGGAAGACAGGAGGGCUGGUGAUCAAGAUCCGGCCUUGAGAGUUGUAGCUGAGACCAGUAAACUAAUAGGGAACAGCUUCUAUGGAUAUACGAUAAUGAACAAGAGCAAGCACGUCAAGGUGGACGUAGUGGAUCAGGAGACUGCCGCAGAUCUCAUUAACGGCCCCCGCUUCUCCGCCUUGGAUGAGCUUUCAGAUAACUGCUACGAGGUAACAUCGAGAAAGAAGAGUAUACGUCACAAUCUUCCUAUCCAGAUUGGUUUUUUCGUUUACUCCUAUGCAAAGUUAAGAAUGCUCUCUUUUUACUUUGAUGUGCUCGUGAGUUACAUCCCUCGACCGUACUUCUCUCUUUGUGAGAUGGAUACGGACUCGCUGUACAUGGCACUUGCAGCUGACACGCUGGAUGAGCUCAUAAAACCUGAGCUCAGGCAAGAUUGGACUCAGAUAAAGUUGCAGUGGUUUCCUCGUACAGAUACCGAAGAACACGCGGCUUACGAUAGGAGGACGCCAGGGUUAUUCAAAGUAGAGUGGAGCGGAGGUGGCUUUGUUGGACUUUCGGCUAAAACCUAUUUCUGUUUCGAACCUGAUGCCAAACAGAAAGAGAAGUGUUCAACAAAAGGCAUCAACAAGGCAGCUCAGGUCACUAUAGAGCAUUUCCGUUCAGUUCUGCAAACGAAGCAAAGUGUCAGCUCAACAAACAGAGGCUUCAUAGUCAAGAACAACACCAUGUUGAGCUAUCGAAUGGAAAGAAAGGGCUUGAGCUACUUUUACUGUAAAAGGAAGAUACUUGAUGACGGCAUCAGUACCACUUUUUUAGACAUUUGAUGUGUCUCACAUCGGUUUUGUGUACAGUAUAUGUAAAUUUGUAAUUGGAAGCUGUAGUUUCAUUCUAUUUUUGUCUUUGUAUAAAA